AUGACCGGCUUCACCAGCCCCUUUGCACGACUUCCAUCCCGCCGUCGCCGCGACAUCAAAGCCAGAUCGAUGCAGCCUCUCGAUAUCAACAUUGCGCAGCUGUACAACCAACCCGGUCCCUCGUCUGCACCCCUCUUCGGCCUGUCCACGCCUUCAAUGAGCCUUCCCGCCAAGUCGCCCCUUCGACGAGCUUUCGGCCUCUUCACCCAUGCCAACGCCUCGCUCGAUGCUCAACCUCGCGACGACACCCCCGUCUACGCUCCUCGACCCGUUCGCCCCCCUCGACCCGUCUCGUCACCGGAAAGCUGCCUGGCCCCGCGCGUCGACGCGUAUGCCUUUCCCGCCUGCCACUCGGAGCCCAUCGCACCGCUCAUCAUUGUCAAAUCGGCUGACAAGAGGCGCAGCUUCUUGCGUCAAGCUAGCUCAGAUUCUGGCUCGCCGCGCCCGUCCCUUCGCUCGAUUCGCCAGAGCAGUGCGCGCAGGUCCGUAUACUCCCUCUUCGCCUCCCCAUCCGAGAGUGGGAAGAAGAUGCCGCCCAAGAUUCCGCUUCGCUCACCCCUCAGGCCGAGGUUGGGACGUCGGGCUAGCGAAGAGUCCUUCCACUGCCGUGGGGCGGACUUUGACGGUCCUCCAGCGGCGGAUUCCAGGCCAAGUCUGGACGAACAGCCGUCCUGCCCGAUGUACGCCGCACCGAUGCCCCGUUCGAUCUCGCUCUACGCUCCCAUCGCCAUUCGACCCAGCCCACCCCGGUGCAUGAGCCACAUCUUCCUGCCCAGCCACCACGAGGGACUGGGUCAGCUUGAGGACGAAGAGGUGCUCGAGAAGGAGCUCGCCGGUUUGGGCCUGCACGGCAUCGAACCGGCGUCGGUGGUUCCGAUGCGAAUGUCGUUCGCCUCGCAGGUCAGCCUGACAGAUAGCACGCCGUAUUCGCUCCACUCGAACGGGUCGACGGAUUCGUUGACGAGUCUCGAGACGCACUACCACGACUCUUUGCCCGAGCUCGGCGGUAAGGAGGACUACGUGUCGAGUAUUCCGUCUACACCUACGUCGGUGCGAGCAGGAUACUUCUGA